GUCGCCGCAACAGUUGCUCCAAAGGAAAAUUACGUCUCAAGGCCACGGAACUAUUGGCUUAAAGCCUAAAACGCUAAAAUCCCUCGAAGAAUCUGCUGCUGACCAAUAAACCUUACCCUUCUCUGAAGACUGAAGUCGGAACCUGAGCUUCACUUCCGGCUCCUCAACUGCGGCCGGAGAUCGCCACCCCCGAGAAACUCGUCGACAGAUUCUCUGGUACAUAAAUCUUUUGAAAUAUGACGAUCAGAAGCUAUGCUGGCAUUAGAAAACCUGGUCUUUUGCUUGUAAAUUCAGACCUACCUGUUCUGACUGUCCUUAAACCCAAGGUAACUUCUUUAUCAACUCUCAAGGUUCCAGGUAACCACGUGAGAAGAGUAGGGUUGGUUACAAGAUUUCAGUACUCUGUUGCGGAUAGAACAUUUGCAUCUAGUUCUGUGGAUUCGUCACGGUUCAAGCAAGGUACUGGCCGUUUGGGUCGGAAACAAGGAGGUCCCUCAUCCCUAUAUAGUCGUCCUAGUUUAUCAGAAAUGAAGAAUGAGAGAAUAGCAAAUCGUGCCAGGGUUUAUGAGUUCUUGCGAGGAAUUGGCAUUAUUCCUGAUGAGCUUGAUGGGUUGGAGCUUCCUGUGACAGCUGAGGUUAUGAGGGAACGUGUAGAUUUUCUUCACAAAUUAGGGCUUACCAUUGAAGACAUCAACAACUAUCCACUUAUUCUUGGUUGCAGUGUAAAGAAAAACAUGAUACCUGUUCUUGAUUACCUUGGAAAAUUGGGGGUCAGGAAAUCCACUUUCACUGAGUUCUUGAGAAGAUACCCUCAGGUUCUCCAUGCUAGUGUUGUUGUUGACCUUGCUCCAGUGGUCAAGUAUCUUCAAGGGAUGGAUAUCAAGCCUAACGAUAUUCCUCGAGUUCUUGAGAGAUAUCCUGAAGUGUUGGGAUUCAAGCUUGAAGGGACCAUGAGCACAUCAGUGGCUUAUUUGGUUGGAAUUGGAGUUGCAAGAAGAGAAAUUGGAGGGGUUUUAACAAGAUACCCUGAGAUUUUAGGCAUGCGAGUAGGCAGGAUGAUCAAACCUUUUGUGGAGUAUCUGGAAGGCUUGGGCAUUCCAAGAUUAGCUGUAGCUAGACUGAUAGAGAAGCGGCCUCACAUGCUGGGGUUUGGAUUGGAAGAGAGGGUUAAACCAAAUGUGGAAUCUCUUUUAGAGUUUAAUGUUAGAGAAGCAUUACUUCCUUCUGUAAUAGCACAGUAUCCUGAGAUUAUAGGACUUGAGUUGAAACCGAAGCUUCUCAGUCAACAGAGUUUGCUUAAUUCAGUCAUUGAUAUUGGUCCUGAGGAUUUCGGCCGAGUUCUUGAGAAGAUGCCGCAGGUUGUUAGCCUCAGUAAUGCACCUUUGAUAAAGCAUGUAGAUUUUCUAAAGAUUUGUGGAUUCUCCUUGGAACAAGUGAGGACAAUGGUUGUCGGGUGUCCCCAACUGCUUGCUUUGAAUCUUGAUAUCAUGAAACUUAAUUUUGAUUACUUCCAAAUGGAGAUGAAAAGGCCUUUGGAUGACUUGGUUAUGUUCCCUGCAUUCUUUACAUAUGGUCUGGAGUCUACCAUAAAACCGAGACAUAGGGUGGUUGCGAGGAAGGGGUUAAAAUGUUCUCUUGCAUGGCUUCUUAAUUGCACUGAUGUGAAGUUUGAUGAACGGAUGACCUAUGAUACUAUCGACAUGGAGGAGAUGGAAACAGAGCAAUCAUUUGACAUGAAUACACUAAUGGAACCAAGGAGUGAUGAGUCAGCUUCUGAUUAUGAUGAGGACAGUGAGGAUGACUAUCUAUAGAAUCAGGAAUCAGCUUCAGUUGAUGGUAUGCAGUGGAAAAAUUGGCUUUCUCAAUGUGGGUCUUCGUUUAGAUGGUUUAAGUGCGAUAUUUGAAUGCCAGAUGCAGAUGAAUGGUGACUCAAGCUAUGCACAUACUGGCUAUGCGCAUGCUGCCUUUGGGGGCGGUUGAGGUUUUUAUAUGUAAAUCUGAAGAUUCCUAUGGGAGUUUCCUUAUUACAAUGAAUGCUACAUUAUUUUUUUUUUGCGCUUUUCUCUCCUAGAGUGAGGUGCAUCUCCCGUUUAGAACAAGAGUACUUCAAACGGUUAGGAGCGUUUGAAGUACUCUUGUUCAUGUAAAGAAACAUCUCAUAACUUUCAGUGGGGGUCACCAUUAGAAUUUCUGGACUAGUUCAAUCACUCUAGUGCUUUCAGAAAUUGAUGGAUGGAAAGAACUUCACAUAGUUUUUUCAGUUCUCCAUUCAGAGAUCAUGUCUACAUAGUUUUCACUUGGUGGCCUUUUGUUCAAACUUCAAGAUACCAUUGUCAUUAUCUGUAUUGAUGAAGACAUGAUGUUGUUCAAUCAUAAAUUAAAUAAUUAAAUUGACUUCUUUGAUUUAAA